UCUGCCCUCCGUACCGUGAGAGGCGUUAACAGUGGAUAAGACUCCGGUGUUGUUGUGGAGAUUAGCUUCUUACCUCCUAUAUCCAGCGGCUCAAUUCACAGCUAUCAGCCGGACUACCGGAGCUAGCGGCGGCUACAGCGGAGCAGCGGCCCGUCCGAGCAGCCGGAGGCGGUGUGUCUCUGGCAGCAGUGUAUGGGUCAGGUGGCUCCAGUCGGACACCAUGAGUUCUAAGGGAGGCGGCACCGCUCUGACCCGCCGUAACUACAGGCUGGCGUCAGACAUGGACAAGCCGAGAUCCACAGGUAUCGUGAAUGAGAAGCUGCUGAGUGACUACCUACACCAUGUGUUUCCUUCCACUAAACAGGGACCCACGCUGGCCUCGCUCAGGAAGCCUCUGGGUUUCCAGGAUCUUCCUGCUCACUUGGAGAAGCUGCUGUCUGAGGACACACCUACCGAGGACGGUCAGGCUGUGGACGGUCGUCUGGGUCCUCAGCCCGUUGUCCUCGAUCACACCAGCGGCUUUGAAGGACUCCUGUUUGUGGACGACGACCUGCUGGGGGUCAUCGGCCACAGCAACUUCAGCUCCAUCCGAGCGACCACCUGUGUUUAUAAAGGGAAGUGGGCCUACGAGGUGCUGAUCUCCUCUCAGGGUCUGAUGCAGAUAGGCUGGUGUACCCUCAGCUGUCGCUUUAAUCAGGAGGAGGGUGUAGGUGACACGCCAGACUCGUACGCUUACGACGGAAACAGAGUGAGAAAGUGGAACGUGACGACGACAAACUACGGAAAGUCGUGGGCAGCAGGAGACAUCGUGAGCUGUCUGAUAGACCUGGAUGAAGGAACCAUCACGUUCUGCCUGAACGGCCAGUCUUUGGGGACGGCCUUCACCAACAUUAAGAUGGGUCCUGGCAUCGCUUACUUUCCCGCCAUCAGCCUCUCCUUUAAAGAGUCAGUGGCUUUCAACUUCGGCAGCAGGCCUCUCAGGUACCCCGUGGACGGCUACCUGCCCCUCCAGAACCCUCCAGCUGCAGACCUGAUGAAGGCCCACAAACUACUGGGCUACAUCAAGAACGUCCUGUCCACCGCCAUCGACACUCAGGAGGAGGGGCUGGUGGAGAAGGACUGCGCCGUGUGGAGGCUUCACGGAGAACCGACCGUCCUCGUCACUCUGGCUCACAUCUUUAACCACUUCGCUCCACUCAUGUGUAAGGUGUAUCUGGUGGAGGACGUGCUGAUGAACUUCCUGCUGGGGAUUCUGGAGGGAGGAGGUUCGGUGGACGAACACCCGCUCAUCCAGCAGCUGCUCGACCUCUUCUGGCUGCUGAUGGAGGACCACGAGGUGAACGAGUGUCUGAAGCAACUCAUGAUGUCCUUACUCAGGGCCUACCGCUUCUCCCCCAUCAUCCCAGACCUGGGCUUCCAGAUACACUACCUGCGGCUGACCACGGCCAUCCUGCGCCACGAGAAGUCCAGGAAGUACCUGCUCAGCAACGUCUUAUUCGACGUUCUGCGCUCGGUCGUGUUCUUUUACAUCAAGACUCCUCUGAGGGUGAAGGAGGCGGGGCUAGAGGAGCUCAUCCCAACCACCUGGUGGCCCACACACUUCGACAAGGAGGGUAAAGACGAGCUCGAGCCCAAAGACGAGAGCGCUGACGAGCGUCUGAGGCGCCGAGCCUACGAAAGAGGCUGCCAGAGGCUGAAGAAGAGGAUCGAAGUGGUGGAGGAGUUGCAGGUUCAGAUCCUGAGGCUGCUGCUCAAUAACAAGGACAAGAGCACGGGAGAAGCCUCGCGCUACAUUUUCCUCAACAAGUUCAGGAAGUUCCUCCAGGAAAACGCCAGCAACAGAGGGCACCCCACGGCUCUGUGUCCGCCCGAGUACAUGGUGUGUUUCCUGCACCGCCUCAUCACGGCGGUCAGAGGCUGCUGGGACGAAGGACACCGCAAGAGUCUGAGCAGCGUGAGCAGCGACGGGGCCUACGUCCCUCCUCAGCUCUUCUAUAACGGGAAGGUGGACUACUUCGAUCUGCAGAGGCUGGGCGGGCUGCUGUCCCACCUGAAGAAAACCCUGAAAGACGAUUUGGCGAGUAAAGCCAACAUCAUCAUCGACCCCGCGGAGAUCCAGGCCACGUCCAUGGACGACCUGGACGAGGACGACGAGAGCGGAGCUGCUCAGAGGCUGCCUGGGGCUGUGGCGAUGGGCGGAGCUCUGGCGAGGCCCAGCUGGUUGAGUUCUCCCACUUUGGGUCGGGCCAACCGCUUCCUGAGCACGGCCGCCGUCAGCCUGAUGACCCCCAGGCGACCCCUGAGUCAGCCGGAGAAGGUGAAGGUCCGAACGCUCGCCGUGGAGCAGCGCACUGAAGAGGACAUCGAGGGAAGUUAUGGCAACGACGGCCUGUUGCUGGGGCGACCGCUCGAGGAGCCCGAUCAACCAAAUGCAGACAAGUCGCUGCUGGAGAUCGUGGACGGGAUCGUGAUGAUGUACAACCUGAGUGUCCAUCAGCAGCUGGGGAAGAUGGUGGUGGUGUCAGACGAUGUCCACGAGUACGCCGUGGCGCUGAAGGACACGGAGGAGAAGAUCGCCCGCUGCCCCGCCAGAAGGGCCGACAUCCUGGAGGAGCUCCAGAAGAGCCAGAAGGUUUUUGCGGAGAAGCUGAACCACCUGAGCAGGAGGCUGGCCUGGAUCAACGCCACCAUCUACUCCAAGGAGAAGAUGCUGGACAUCUACUGGCUGUUGUGUGUCUGCAUCCGCACCAUCGAACACGCCGACAACACCGGCUCUCUCUUCGCCUUCACACCAGAGUUCUACCUCAACGUCGCCAUGAACGCGUACAGCGCCCUGAAGAACUACUUCAGCCCGGCUAACGGCAUGGACGAGCUGCCCGGCUACGAGGAAACUCUGACUCAGCUCGCCGCCAUCCUCGCCAAGCACUUUGCAGAUCCACGCAUCGUCGGGACAGAUAUCAAAGACUCUCUGAUGCAGGCGCUGGCCAGCUACGUCUGUUACCCACAAUCCCUCAGGGCCGUGGAGAGGAUCCCGGAGGAGCAACGAGUGGCAAUGAUGAAGAACCUGCUGGCUCCGUACGAGCAGAGACCAUGGGCCCAGACCAACUGGAUCCUGGUCAGACUGUGGAGGGGUUGUGGUUUUGGCUACAGAUACACUCGCCUCCCUCAUCUCCUGAAAACCAAACCCGAGGAUGCCAACCUGCCCAGUCUGCAGAAGCCGUGCCCGUCGUUGCUGCUGCAGAGACACAUGGCGGAGCUGCUCAGCAUGGACAAAGACAUGGCCGCCUCUUUCCUCAACAGCGUCCUGAACCAGCUCAACUGGGCCUUCUCUGAGUUCAUCGGCAUGAUCCAGGAGAUCCAGCAGGCUGCGGAGCGUCCAGAGAGGAACUUCGUGGACACUCGUCAGCUGAAGGUGUGUGCGACCUGCUUCGACCUGUCCGUCAGCCUGCUGCGGGUGCUCGAGAUGACCGUCACUCUGGUGCCUGAGAUCUUCCUGGACUGGUCCCGCCCCUCCGCGGAGCUGCUGCUCAGACGGCUCGCUCAGCUGCUGAACCAGGUGCUGAACCGAGUGACAGCAGAGAAGAACCUGUUUGACCGAGUCGUCAACCUCAGACUGCCAGGGCUGGAGAGCGUGGACCACUACCCCAUCCUGGUGGCUGUUACCGGCAUCCUGGUUCGGAUCCUGGUGGACGGAGACCGGCAGGGGGUAUCCCGAGCCGCCUCUGUCCUGCUCUCCGACCCCUGCUUCCAGCUCCACUCCAUCCAGCACCUCCUGGGAGAAGGAGGCGAGUCCAGCUCCUCGGCAGCCGUGGCCUCCAGCGUGCGUCCUGCGGUGGGCUCUCUGGGGUCGUCCGUGGCCGCCCCGCUCCCGUCGGCCACUGGAAGCUCAGAGCGCAAACACUUCUCCCUGCACGCAUACACCGACUACAUCAGUGAGGAGGAGAAGCACAGGGUGGAGCUGAUGUUGGCCUUUCUCACCGAGGAGUCCAAGCAGGCUGCAGCCAGCACAGCUCCCACCAGCGAGGAAGACCUCUGUCCCAUCUGCUACGCUCACCCCAUCUCUGCCAUCUUCAAGCCCUGCUCACACAAGUCCUGCAAAGCCUGCAUCAACCAGCACCUGAUGAACAACAAGGACUGCUUCUUCUGCAAGGCCACCAUCACCGGAGUCGAAGACUACAGCAAGCCGGCCUCCUCCUAACACGCACGCGCGCACACACACACACACACACACACACAGGGUGAAAUGAGGCACCAUAAGUACACACAAAAAACCAGAGCAGUGAUGUGAAGACAGCAGCAGAACCAGCUGUCACAUUAGCACAACACCACCUCCACCUGUCAGAGCGAGUACACACACACACACACACACACACACACACACAGUGUUACAGGGCAACAGGAUGCAGGCGUGUCGCCUCUGCAGAAACACACAAACGGCAAACAAAGGAGAACCUCAUCCUCAGCGGAGGAAGGCUUUCUCAGAGACACCCACAGUAAUUUAACACAGACACACAAAACUCACAAAAAGGUCGACAAAGAGCCAAGCAACUGCAGCUAGGAUCCAGCGUCCUCCAUCACCUCCUGACCCACAGCUCAGAGAGCUGCACCUGUACUGUACCUGUACACACACACCUGCUGGUGCUGGACUGUUGUUACCCUGCUGUGACAGAUUCAGGCCAAAGUUUAGUGUCACAAACAAAAAGGACGUCACUGCUGUUGAAAAGCUGCUUUAAGAUAAACGUUCACAUCAUUAAGAAGUGACGUUCAGGUCUCAUGAACUUCAUUCACAACAGAGCACAGAAAUAUGUCACCUCUUCAGACCGGUUAAAUAAACAAAUGUCCAUCCUUUAACUACAGGCUGCUCUUCAUCAGUAAAAUUCAAACCGUCAGCAGAUGUUUGAACUUUCUAUUCUCCGCGAAUCAGAGAUAACCUGAACCUGGCGUGGAUGAGACACACGUCUGUGACUGUGGCCAGAGUAUCCGGAUUACUGUGCUGCUGAUGAUGAUGGUGGUGUUUCUGCUUGGGGAGUCAUUGCGUGCUUGCUGUUCUCUGCUGUUAGUUCCACAGUUAUGAUUUCACACAUGUUCACAAAGUCUGAUUGCGACACCGUCAGUUUGUUUCCAGCAUGUUGAGGACAGUGCGCCUCGGCGGCGUGUUUAUGGCGUGAUAGCGUGACCUCUGUGUGCCACUCCGGGCUCCUGUAACCACAUUAAAUUAUUUAUCCUGAACCAGCAA